AUGAGUGCACCAAGGAAAAGACAAUACCGACGUGCCACGCAAGCGUGUGAUAACUGCAGACGCAAAAAGGUACGAUGUCCUGGCGAAAGGCCAGAAUGUUCCGCCUGUUCCCGUCUUCAUCAGCAUUGCUCUUUUAUAGAGGCGGCCUCCGUAAGCGACCAAUCUACCAGCCAACUAGACUCUGCCGUGUCGAGUCGAUUGGAACAACUCGAGGAUAAGCUUGACAAUCUCAUUAGCAGAGUCGUGCCCCAAUCCGUGCAGGAGACUACACCAUCUUCAACGUCUGAAGGGCGUAACCGCCUGCUAUCUUUUUCAACUGUUGCUCCACAACCGCUAUCAACACCCUUACCGGCUGAUUUAAGCGCAAAGGCAAUGGGAUUUUAUUUUGAACACAUUCACCGACAACCUCUGUGGCUAUUCGACAACCCUCGCCAAGAUGUAUCAGAAGACUUGAUCCAUGCCAUCAUGACCCUAUUCUCUACCUACUAUGCCUCUUCUCUAGAUAUAGAAGGCGUAGAGACCCCUGAUGUUUAUUACAAAGCCGCCCGUACAAGUGUCAUGCUUGCAAUCGCUCAAGGAAACAUGGCCAUACAGAAUAGUCAGAUACUCUGCUUAUUGGCCUACUACAACUUUGUCAUCGGUGAUGUUACUACUGCUGGCUUUGAUAUAUCCAUGGCCAAGAGCAUGCUUCAACUAUUUCCCGACAACGACCGAGACUCAAAUUUGCAAGCGAAAUCGAGAGUGUUUUGGAGCAUCCAGUUUCUGAGCUAUUCCUGCGGUGCUCCCAUUUUAUUACCUUCGGUUCUACAAGACAUCGACACACCACAGAUGUUGACAGUCGAAGCCCGAGAUCCGCUAACGAAAUGCAUCCCGGUUCCAAGAGCAGACACGGGCGUCCACGAGGCACUUCCAGAUGUGUGGUCUCAGUCACACAAGCUUUGUACCCUCUGGACCGAUUUACGGCUCUAUGUGGCCAGGUGUGUCGAAGGUCGGGCCAAAUAUCCCUGGCUUCCGGAAUCAGAUUACACGAAACUCUGUUCGCAAAUCCUGGAUAUCGAAAUGUACCACCCGGUCCAUCUGAGCUACAACAGAGUCAAAUUCCCUUCAAUAUCGGCUCAAGACGCGCACACAAACCGUGUAGACCUACUUCCCUGGGUCAGAAUACAAGUAGCAUACCACACCAUUCACUGCGUGUUGAACCAUCCCUGUCUCUAUACCUCAAUGGCAGAGAGUCCCAGGGGAAGACUAGGUGGCAACACCUUCUGGAGAGCAUCAUGCGAGAAAGCUUUGAGGCACUGUACCUGGAUCUCGAGACUUAUCAGAACAGCCAAAGAAAAAGGACUGAAGAUCGUGGAUCCUUUUCUCGCACAAGCAGCAGCCAUUGCCAGCACACUGCAUCUUUACUGGGCACGCACGAGUGACACAAGAUUAAAAGCAUCUUCACUGGAGAACCUGGAUCUUUGUCGCAAACUUAUCAAGGAGAUGGCGACUCACUGGCCGAUUUGCAAAGCAAUCGAAAGUGCCCUGGAUCAUUUUAUCGAGUCGGUAGAGCGUCCGACGCAGGUGAAUUCAGAGAGAGCAUCUCCCGCAGCUGUGAAAACAUCACUUAUAUGGAUCCUACUAGACGUUGCAGCUCCUCAAUUCCCUAAUUACAGGGAUCAAACAGUCCACAGCCAGACCGUCUGGACUGGUAGCACCGGUGCCGCAGACGGUGAUAUUAUCCCUGAAUCCGAAAUGAACACACCGCCUGCGGAUAUGAGAGAGUCAACAACUUGCUAUGCAACGCCUCCGAGGUGGAUGAUGGACAGCACGCAGGCCGGGUCGCAGAUGGAGGUGGUAGAUCAAGGACUUGAUGAAACUGCCUUGGCUUCAGCAGCAAUUGUUAAUGAUCAUCAUAAUACAUACGACCUUGCGUGGGGCGCUUGGGAAAAUCUAGGGCCUAUAGGGGAGAGUUUGUUCAUGAAUCUUGAGUGGUGGGACAUGAAUCAGUUUUAA